AUAACCACAAAACUUCCUCUACUUCUCAGUAAAGCAUAAUUAUUACUUUAAAAGGAGCUUCAUCUUGCUAGUGUAGUUUCUCAUCACUUGUGAUCAAGAUCUCUAGCAAGUACAGAGAGGACUGUUCUCUGGAUAAAAUGAGAAUACAGGUCAUCUUUGGAAUCCUGCUGAUUUUCACACAAGCUGCCAUGGGUUUGCUGUUUCAGGAUCCUGUUGUCUGUAGAUUUAGUGAGAGUAGUCGGUGUUAUGUAGCUCUGGGAGAACGACUGCACCUGCAAAUGCCCCUGGAGGAUGUGCUUGAACUACAGAUCACAGACAAGACAUCUACCUCUCAUUUAAUUUUAAAAUAUAGAAAAACCCAAAGUAACCCACCAAAACCAAAUGACCCAAGAUGGCAGUUUGUUAAAGAUGAUAAAACUAUGAUACUAACCAGUGCAGAGAGGAGCGACUCUGGAACAUACACUUUAGACACCUUUGAUGCAAACGGAAAUAAUAAAGGCAUUUAUACUCUCCAGCUGAACAUUGAAGCUGAGGUGUCCUCAGUGAAAAUGUGGUACAGCUGCUUGUCCCCUGGAGUCAUGAAAGUGUACUGUUCUGCUGAUGGAGACAACCUCCGCUUCAACUGGAGUUCUGAUUUAAACACAUUCCCUCAACUGCAGAAUGGGAGCAGCACUGUCGUACUGAAUAAAGAUCAUCAUGGAAAUGUCACCUGCAAUGUAGAAAAUCACGUCAGCCGUGACCACAAUACCACUGAACUCCACCCAUGUCCUGAACCUACUACUGAAGUAAUCAGCUCCACAACUUCUAAUGAUGGUAAGUCUCACAGUUCCUUAAUUUUCUUAUGUUCUUAUGUCUGCAUGUACUACGUUUUUCCCUGAGACUGGCGAUUAUGUACUUACCAAAAGCCAUGAAAAAUGGCAGUGCUUCUAAAACCUACAAAAAUACACUACAAAGUGAAAUUCAUAGCUCUUUCAGUAAUUUUAGCAUGGGUAAAUGUAUGACAUGAUCAGAAAAAGUUGGAUUUAAUCAUAAAA